CUGCUUGGUGCACGAGAAGAGUCGCCAGCCCUGGCCGGAACAGCUGAUGGAAUAUGUAACGCAAUCCACAUUGGCCCACAUUCAAGCAGCAUCAUGUUACAAAUGAGUCGCAGCUCCACCCGCGCCACUCUGUUGAGGAUGCGGCACCGGAAGCUAGUCUCCACCUGGUCGCCGCUAGCAACGGCAUUCAGUGCGCCGCCGUCGAAGCGCAUCAACUUUACCCGCGAGGAUGCGGGCCUUUUCCGGAUGCCCGAGCUUCGCACCUUCGAAGGUUUCUAUUUGCUAAGGGACAAUGUGGAGAAUAAAUCGCAGGAUCUCAUCGCAGAGGCGAUUUCCAGUCAAAGACAACGCAAAAUGGUCGACAUAUUCGACGAGCUCUCCGACUCCCUGUGCAAGGUAGCCGACCUGGCCGAGUUCAUACGGAUCGCGCACCCCAAGAACAAGUACAUGGAGGCGGCGGAGCAGGCCUGCAUCAGCAUUUGCUGUGUGGUGGAGAGCUUGAACACCCACAAACCACUCUACCAAGCCCUGAGGAAGUUUGUGGAGCAGAGAGACCUAAAGCCAACCACCGAGGUGGAUCAGCAUGUGGCCAAGCUCUUCCUCUUCGACUUCGAACAGUGCGGAAUUCACCUGCCGGAAGCGGAACGCCUUCGAGUGGUGCGUCUCAACGACUACAUCCUACAGCUGGGGCAGAAGUUCAUGAACGGAGCAGCCUUUUGCUAAAUUGUAAAUUGCAUGAAUGGAUAU